CACCAUUUAGAGGCCCAUAAACUGCUGCACAGGGGUAUGACCUACCGGUGCGAUAGGAGGGGGUGUUCGGCGACGUUCGCCAGUCCCGUGUAUCUGAAGGUACAUCAGUCGCGAACGCAGCCCAGAGCUGAUGGACAGGGAUGUGCCACAAAGGGUAAAGGGUUUCAGAGGACUAUAGCCAAGAGUUUGAAGGCUAACACCAAAAGGCAACACAAACUCAUUGAUAGUAAAGCCAAACGAAUUGAAAACAAUAUAGAAGUGAUUGAAUGGAAAACCACUGGAAAGAAACCGAAACUUAUUGAAAACAAACGAAAUUCAAUUGAAAUUAAGCCCAAAACUAGUGAAAUUAAACCGAAAUCUAUUGAAAGCGAACCUAAAAGUAGUAAAACAAUGGUUCAGAAGAAUGUGGCGAAAGAUAGUCAAAGAGAUGCUAAAGAAUUUAAAGUCCUCGACGAAUGUGAUGUUAGCCACGGAUUAAAUGAUAAGAUAAAGAGUAAUAGUGUGGAUGACAAACACAUAACGAGUCAAUCGAGUGGUGAUAAUAAACUGUUUGACGAUUGGUUUGUCUGUAAAUACAAAGAGUGCGGCGAAUGGUUUGCCAACGAAGAGAGUUAUGUUUACCACAAACGCAUGCAUGAGUUGGUGGUAAAGAGGAGGGUGCAGAGGACUCUACCGAUGACUGUACCGCCUGUGCCUCGCUUUGUGACCAUCUCUAAGUCGGAUCGAAGCCAUGGCGUAGCCAUUGAUAAGCCGACAGAUUUUCAACACAAGUGUCCGGUCAAUGGUUGCGACGAAACGUUUGACUCAAUGCAUAGUUUGCGUUCACAUCAGAAGCGCCGACAUCCCAAGGAGUUGCCGGACGUGCCAUGGAUUCAGUGCCAGCGAACCGGCUGUCGGUUUAGGACUAAAAUGAAAGCGGAUUUCAAUAGACACGUAGCCAACGAUCACAAGAAGUCUGCGAAGGCUGUACCGGAUACAGGCCCUCAACUUAAGCCUAUAUCGCAUACUCUAUAUCGUCUAUACAAGUCUGACGACUCCUCGACGGUUGAGUCGACGGAUCGGCAGUUUAUGUGCGAAAUCAAAGAGUGCGGCCAAGCGUUCAAAACGAGUUACGCGUUGGACGGCCACCACAAACGCAAACACCCGCACUCUUUCCCUGACAUACCGUGGAUCGACUGCCGCUAUAAGGACUGUCUGUUUCAGAGUAAAUGCAAUAUCUAUAUGAGUAGUCAUAUGUCGAGACACAAGACCGUGAGGUCCCCGCCCGGGCCCAAGUCGGCGAAGAUGUCACGCGCUGUCAAGGAAUGGAAAUACCGGUGCGAUAGCCAUGGAUGCGAUUACGCGACGCGAUUUGAGCGUAAUUUGUCGGCCCAUAAGAGGGUACGACAUCCCGAGAAUUCCCUGUCUGAUAGACGCGUCAAAUCUGUCGGAAGUGUGGCUCAUGUAUCGGAAUACCAGUGCGAUAGACAUGGAUGUGAUUAUACGACGAGAUUUAAACAUAUUUUAAAUGAACACCAAUUAAGCCAUUCAGAGGACAGUCGGUUGAAGUGUGGGAUCAAUGAGUGCCGCAAAGUGUAUGGCUCUAAGACGGCACUCAUGGCCCACCAGAAGAAACGACAUCCCGACGAGUGCGGCGCCAAAAGUAAGGACUGGUGGUGCGAUUGGGACGCCUGUCGACGAGUGUUUAAUAGUGAGAAAGCACUUAAACUGCAUAUGAAAGCUCAUACUCGUCGCACAUGUGAGGCCAUACCCUACCGAUGCGAUUGGGAGGGGUGUGACCAAACUUUUCCCAUUAAGAGUGUAUUAGAUGUGCACUUAAAGGAGCACUUAUUGGCUGAAGACUUCGGUGUUCCGGCGCCUGUAUUUGAUGAUGAGAUGAAAGUGGAUGUCAAACAGGAACCGAUUGACACUAUGACCGUGAAUGUAAUACAGGAGUCAAUUGACGACAAUAUCAUUGAGUUCAACAGUAAUUGCAAUAACAAUAGUAAUAACAACGAGACGACUGCUGCGACGUCGGACUUUAAACUAAUGUCUGAAUCCAGUGGUGAAGACACUGAAGUCGAUGGCAGCGAAUUAGACGAUGAAAACAAGGAUCUAUUGAAUGAAGCGAUAGAUGAUAGUGAGGACACCACAAGCAAUGAGUGUUUGAUUGAAAAAUACAUUUCAAUCGGUUGUCAAACGAGCUAUGAAUCCGUGGAUCAGUGGACGACUACAAGAAAUGAUGAAAAUAAUAAUGAAUUGAGUGAAGAGUUGACUGAAACACAUGACACGAGUAGAAGUGAUAAGGCUUUUAACAAAUCAAUCGGUUGUCAAACAACUCAUGAGCUGAUGAUUACAAGUGAAAACUUGGAGACUAAUCAUGAAACACAAGACAAUCGAGAGUCUGGGGAGGAAGUGGUCAUCAAUUUGGACGACGAGUCCGAUGUCGACACAGACUGCGAUAGACAUGUCUUAUCGAGUGAAGUGAGUGUCGAUGAAAAGGGAGACAAUAAUGAAGUGCUGGAAGUCUCGCAAUCAAACGCUGACAGCGAAACAAACGCUAAGAAUAUUGAGGCUAUUAAUAGGACGAGUGGACAGUAUGUGUGCGAUUGGAACGGCUGUUGGAGACAAUUUAAACUCAAGCACCAGUUAGAGGACCACAAGCACCGGCACUCGGACGAGAUCUACCGGUGCGAUAAGAGGGGCUGCUCUGCGAUAUUUGCGAGUCCCGCGUCCCUGAAGGCACACCAGUCCCGAAAACACUGCAAAUCCUUUGGACAGCCGUAUAAGACAAACACUCGUAGAAAAAUCAAAGUAUUUAAAAGCAGUCAUAAAGAUAGCGACGAAACAACGGCUCAAUUGAACCUUUCGAGUGAUAGUCAAAGUGAUGGCAACGAAUCAAAUGCGAAGACAAUCGAUGGCAGCAAUUCUUCGGAAGAAAUAGUGGUAAUAAGUGCUGACAAACAGUUUCUAUGCAAUUAUGACGGAUGUGUCGACGGGUUUAGUAGUGUCGAGGAUUUGAUUGAACACCGACUGAAGCAUAUAAUAGUGGUGCCCACUGUCGAUGACUGUCCCGAGACUACCGGUUCCGCGUCGCCGGAACGUCCGCUUUACACAUGUAAGGCUAAGCGAUGCCAAUACUGGACCCGAUAUAAGCAUAACUUCAAAGCACACCAAUCGACACAUUCAUCCGAUUUGAAGUGUUGUGUCAAUGAAUGCAAUCAAAUGUUUAAAUCGAAAUAUAGUUUUAUUACUCACCAAAAGGCACGACAUCCCGAGACUUUACCGCACGUGCCGUGGAUUGAGUGCCGACAUAAGGGCUGUCAGUAUAGGACUAAACUUAUGGCUGACUUUACGCGACACUCGAGCCGACAUACAAUACCUGCAAACGGUAUGCACAGGUAUUACACGAAACCCGAUAGGAUUCACUCGACGGAACGCCCUUUCAAGUGUAAGGUCUCCCGGUGUCAGCAAUGGUUUAAAUAUAAGAACAAAUUAAAGGAACACCAGCUUAGUCUACAUCCCCGUUCUUUUCCCGGCAUACCAUGGAUUAAGUGCUCGCAUAAGGGUUGUCAGUAUAAGACUAAACUUAACACCCAUUUCAAUGCACAUAUCAGUGGACACACAGAGGACAGGGAUGCGGACAGCCGUUUUAAGCUUAAAUGUGGACUCGACGGCUGUGAUAAUGUGUUUAACUUUAAACGACAAUUGAUUGAACAUCAGUUGCGAGUACACGCCGGCGACCCCGGUGUCCAACGAGAUAUAACCGGCGAAUCAGCUAAUGUCAGAAGUGUUUCCAGAGGUUUGGCUGAUAAGACACCCGACAAACCCUUUGUAUGCGAUUUUAGUGGUUGUGCGAAGAGGUUUAGCCGUAAAGAGAAUUUAAUUAAACACAAGCCCUCCCAUCGCUCAACCGAUGAGUGCCACACAAAUACUGGUUCGUCUACCAGUGCUGGCCUUUCAUUGACACAAAGGGCUGAACUCCUCAAACGCGAUGGUGUCUAUCGGUGCGACAGUCAGGGGUGUGAAUACACGACACGAUUGUUAUAUGUGUUUAAAACACACCUUUUGGGACAUACGGCGGACUGUAUAGUCUACCGGUGCCAUUGGCCCGGCUGUGAGAAGACAUUCUUAGUUAAAUCAUACCUCUGGGGCCACGAAAGGGAUCACCAGAGGAGACAAAAGGGCCUCCCAGUAGGUAGUCAUCCGUGUCAUUGGCUAGGAUGUGAGUACAGGACCUCAAAAAAGGGUACACUUGAGAGACAUGUCUUAAACACUCAUCAGAAUGGAUCUCAAGUCGUGUCCAAAUGUAAGACAAAUGAAUGCAAUCUUAUGGACAGACGUGUGAAGAGUCCGAAGAAUGGUAAAAUUCUGACGGAAGUGAACGAUAAGAAGAGUCCAUCGAAACGGAAACGACUCAAUCAUUUGGUGUGCCAUUGGAAUGGAUGUGAGAAACGGUAUAAAUUCAGACACCAUUUAGAGGCCCAUAAACUGCUGCACAGGGGUAUGACCUACCGGUGCGAUAGGAGGGGGUGUUCGGCGACGUUCGCCAGUCCCGUGUAUCUGAAGGUACAUCAGUCGCGAACGCAGCCCAGAACUGAUGGACAGGGAUGUGCCGCAAAAGGUAAAGGAUUUCAGAGGACUAUAGCCAAGAGUUUGAAGGCUAACACCAAAAGGCAACACAAACUCAUUGAUAGUAAAGCCAAACGAAUUGAAAACAAUAUAGAAGUGAUUGAAUGGAAAACCAUUGGAAAGAAACCGAAACUUAUUAAAAACAAACGAAAUUCAAUUGAAAUUAAGCCCAAAACUAGUGAAAUUAAACCGAAAUCUAUUGAAAGUAAACCUAAAAUUAGUAAAACAAUGGUUCAGAAGAAUGUGGCGAAAGAUAGUCAAAGAGAUGCCAAAGAAUUUAAAGUCCUCCACGAAUGUGAUGUUAGCCACGGAUUAAAUGAUAAGAUAACGGGUAAUAGUGUGGAUGACAAACACACAACGAGUCAAUCGAGUGGCGGUAAUAAACUGUUUGACGAUUGGUUUGUCUGUAAAUACAAAGAGUGCGGCGAAUGGUUUUCCAACGAAGAGAGUUAUGUUUACCACAAACGCAUGCAUGAGUUGGUGGUCAAGAGGAGGGUGCAGAGGACUCUACCGAUGACUGUACCGCCUGUGCCUCGCUUUGUGACCAUCUCUAAGUCUGAUCGAAGCCAUGGCGUAGCCAUUGAUAAGGAGUUGCUGGACGUGCCGUGGAUUCAGUGCCAGCGAACCGGUUGUCGGUUUAGGACUAAAAUGAAAGUGGAUUUCAAUAGACACGUAGCCAACGAUCACAAGAAGCCUGCGAAGGCUGUACCGGAUACAGGCCCUCAACUUAAGCCUAUAUCGCAUACUCUAUAUCGUCUAUACAAGUCUGACGACUCCUCGACGGUUGAGUCGACGGAUCGGCAGUUUAUGUGCGAAAUCAAAGAGUGCGGCCAAGCGUUCAAAACAAGUUACGCGUUGGACGGCCACCACAAACGCAAACACCCGCACUCUUUCCCUGACAUACCGUGGAUCGACUGCCGCUAUAAGGGCUGUCUGUUUCAGAGUAAAUGCAAUAUCUAUAUGAGUAGUCAUAUGUCGAGACACAAGACCGUGAGGUCCCCGCCCGGGCCCAAGUCGGCGAAGAUGUCACGCGCUGCCAAGGAAUGGAAAUACCGGUGCGAUAGCCAUGGAUGCGAUUACGCGACGCGAUUUGAGCGUAAUUUGUCCGCCCAUAAGAGGGUACGACAUCCCGAGAAUUCCCUGUCUGAUAGACGCGUCAAAUCUGUCGGAAGUGUGGCUCAUGUAUCGGAAUACCAGUGCGAUAGACAUGGAUGUGAUUAUACGACGAGAUUUAAACAUAUUUUAAAUGAACACCAAUUAAGCCAUUCAGCGGACAGUGAGUUGAAGUGUGGGAUCAAUGAGUGCCGCAAAGUGUAUGGCUCUAAGACAGCACUAAUGGCGCACCAGAAGAAACGACAUCCCGACGAGUGCGGAGCAAAAUGUAAGGACUGGUGGUGCGAUUGGGACGCCUGUCGACGAGUGUUUAAUAGUGAGAAAGCACUUAAACUGCAUAUGAAAGCUCAUACUCGUCGCACAUGUGAGGCCAUACCCUACCGAUGUGAUUGGGACGGGUGUGACCAAACUUUUUCCAUUAAGAGUGUAUUAGAUGUGCACUUAAAGGAACACUUAUUGGCUGAAGACUUCGGUGUUCCGGCGCCUGUAUUUGAUGAUGAGAUGAAAGUGGAUGUCAAACAGGAACCGAUUGACACUAUGACGGAAAUCAAUGAAAGCUUUGUUUCAAUCGGUUGUCAAACAUGUGAUGAGUCCGUGGAUGAGUCCAGUGGUGAAGACACUGAAGUCGAUGGCAGCAAAUUAGACGAUGAAAACAGGGAUCUAUUGAAUGAAGCAAUAGAUGAUAGUGAGGACACCACAAGCAAUGAGUGUUUGCUUGAAAAAUACAUUUCAAUCGGUUGUCAAACGAGCUAUGAAUCCGUGGAUCAGUGGACGACUACAAGAGAUAAUGAAAAUAAUGAAUUGAGUGAAGAGUUGACUGAAAGACAUGACACGAGUAGAAGUGAUAAGACUUCGAACAAAUCAAUCGGUUGUCAAACAACUCAUGAGCUGAUGAUUACGAGUGAAAACUUGGAGACUAAUCAUGAAACACAAGACAAUCGAGAGUCUGGGGAGGAAGUGGUCAUCAAUUUGGACGACGAGUCCGAUGUCGACACAGACUGCGAUAGACAUGUCUUAUCGAGUGAAGUGGGUGUCGAUGAAAAGGGAGACAAUAAUGAAGUGAUGGAAGUCUCGCAAUCAAACGCUGGCAGCGAAACAAACGCUAAGAAUAUUGAGGCAAUUAAUAGGACGAGUGGACAGUAUGUGUGCGAUUGGAACGGCUGUUGGAGACAAUUUAAAUUCAAGCACCAGUUAGAGGACCACAAGCACCGGCACUCAGACGAGACCUACCGGUGCGAUAAGAGGGGCUGCUCUGCGAUAUUUGCGAGUCCCGCGUCCCUGAAGGUACACAAGUCCCGAAAGCACUGCAAAUCCUUUGGACAGCCGUAUAAGACAAACACUCGUAGAAAAUUCAAAGUAUUUAAAAGCAGUCAUAAAGAUAGCGACGAAACAACGGCUCAAUUGAACCUUUCGAGUGAUAGUCAAAGUGAUGGCAACGAAUCAAAUGUGAAGACAAUCGAUGGCAGCAAUUCUACGGAAGAAAUAGUGGUAAUAAGUGCUGACAAACAGUUUCUAUGCAAUUAUGACGGAUGUGUCGACGGGUUUAGUAGUGUCGAGGAUUUGAUUGAACACCGACUGAAGCAUAUAAUAGUGGUGCCCACUGUCGAUGACUGUCCCGAGACUACCGGUUCCUCGUCGCCGGAACGUCCUCUUUACACAUGUAAGGCUAAGCGAUGCAAAUACUGGACCCGAUAUAAGCAUAACUUCAAAGCACACCAAUCGACACAUUCAUCCGAUUUGAAGUGUUGUGUCAAUGAAUGCAAUCAAAUGUUUAAAUCGAAAAUCGGUUUUAUUACUCACCAAAAGACACGACAUCCCGAGGCCUUACCACACGUGCCGUGGAUUGAGUGCCGACAUAAGGGCUGUCAGUAUAGGACUAAACUUAGGGCUGACUUUACGCGACACUCGAGCCGACAUACAAUACAUGCAAACAGUGUGCACAGGUAUUACACGAAACCCGAUAGGAUUCACUCGACGGAACGCCGUUUCAAGUGUAAGGUCUCCCGGUGUCAGCAAUGGUUCAAAUAUAAGAAAAAAUUAAAGGAACACCAGCUUAGUCUACAUCCCCGUACUUUUCCCGGAAUACCAUGGAUUAAGUGCUCGCAUAAGGGUUGUCAGUAUAAGACUAAACUUAACGCCCAUUUCAUUGCACAUAUCAAUGGACACACAGAGGACAGGGAUGCGGACAGCCGUUUUAAGCUUAAAUGUGGACUCGACGGCUGUGAUAAUGUGUUUAACUUUAAACGACAAUUGAUUGAACAUCAGUUGCAAAUACACGCCUGCGAUCUCGGUGUCCAACGGGAUAUAACCGGCGAAUCAGCUAAUGUCAGAAGUGUUUCCAGAGGUUUGGGUGAUAAGACACCCGACAAACCCUUUGUAUGCGAUUUUAGUGGUUGUGCGAAGAGGUUUAGCCGUAAAGAGAACUUAAUUAAACACAAGUCUUCCCAUCGCUCAACCGACGAGUGCCACACAAAUACUGGUUCGCCUACCAGUGCUGGCCUUUCAAUGACACAAAGGGCUGAACUCCUCAAACGCGAUGGUGUCUAUCGGUGCGACAGUCAGGGGUGUGAAUACACGACACGAUUGUUAUAUGUGUUUAAAACACACCUUUUGGGACAUACGGCGGACUGUAUGUUGAAGUGUGGGGUCAAUGGAUGCGAUCAACGGUUUAAUUCUGAACUCUUUUUGACGUCCCAUCAGAGGCGCAAACAUCCCGAGGCCUUACCGUCGGUGCCGUGGAUUCAAUGUCGGCGUACAGACUGUCAGUUUAGGACUAAAUGCCAGUCCUCUAUGGACUGCCAUAAGAUGAUGCACUCGAGUAUUCAGUUGUCAAAAGUCCGGUGCGAAUGGAGUUCCUGUACUCAAGUGUUUGAUAGCAUAGAGUUAAUGAAAGUGCACGUGAAUAGCGCGCACACGGAUCAGAUUGACUACAGGUGCUCAUCGACGGAAAUUAAUGAAAUUACGACUACACGUGAUGUGGACGACCAUCAAGAGCGAAUCUUCCUCACAAAACACAGUUUGUCUGAACACCAACUCAGUGGACAUCCCGACGCCUUUCCCGACAAAUCAUUCAUUGAAUGCAUGCACACCGGCUGUCAGUAUAGGACUAAAGUCAUAAAUUACAUGAACAAACAUAAGACAACACAUUCUAUGGGCACUAAUUGUGGUGAUCCGGGAAGUGAUAGAAAUGAAUUGAGUGCCGGAAAUAGUGGUCAAAAUGUGGACAAUUGUCAUCAGUUUAACUGUACUAUCAAUGAAUGCCAGCAAACGUUUGAAUCCAAGCGUGAAUGGAUUGCACAUCGAAUGAGAGCACAUCCUGAAGAAUAUGUGAGAGAACUGAAAUCGUAUGACAUGUCACAGCAAAGUAGUCUCACAAUUGAGCUCCAGUUCCUCUGUUCAACGGAUGGUUGUAACCAAUUGUUUAAUAGUGAAGACAACUUAACUUCACAUCAAUUAAGACUACAUCCCGAGGCCUUUGCAUCGGUGCCGUGGAAUGAGUGCUGGUAUACUGGCUGCGAGUUUAGGACUAAAUGCCCGAACCAUAUGAAUGCCCAUAAGUUGUUGCAUACGGGCAUAGAGUUUCCCACAGAUAAUGGAUAA